ACGCCCUUUUUUGGAUCGUAAACAACAGCACAGAUGAAAAGAAAGCAAGCAAGCAAGAAAGAAAAAACAGGGUAUUGAAACUGGUUUCAGAUCGGUGACAAUUUCACAGACGAGUGUCUGAGGUCUGUGAUUCAGCAGCUCUAUCUGGAAACAGUUAUGGAAACUGUCCGUGUUGAAGGGAUUUACAGAUGUGGUCUGCUGUAACAUCACUAGAAACUAAACUUAUGGAGGAGCCUGAGACAAAGGAGUCUGUAAAAUAGACAGAGAUGAGCAGUAUUACAGAGACCACAGAAGUUAUCAUCAACCCUUGCCUUACAUUCCCUGAUGUGAAUCAGAAAAAGAUGAAAGAGACAGAUGAUAUGGAACUGGAUGCUGUUAAUCACAAUUCAGAGAACAGGAGCUCACAAGAGAGGCCUCAAAACAACAUCAAGAGCCAUUGUCACUCUUUAGAUCAAGACACUCGAUCUGGCCUGGAGCCACCUGGGCCCAGUCCUUUUCUUCUGGCUUCACUGCAGUCCCUUGUUGAAGACAAUGAUCACAUGCUCCUCCCUCAUUCCUUACACCAGAUAGCCGAGGCCUACUUCCUUGAAGAGGAUUAUCAGUGGGCAGUGGAAUUUCUCCAACUAGAGAAGCUGUACCAUGAAAGACUGCUGUCUAAUCUGGCCUCUAUACAGGAACAAUGGGAGUCCCAGUGGAAGGACGGUGUCCAAACUAAAAGUAACUCUUCUUUACAUGCUAAUGGAAUGGACAGAGAGAGAGAACAUAUGGAAUCACUGAUUCACAUCUGCAGAACACACCAGAGAUCUAACCACCCUGAAGUAAAGAACAUGCUACAAAACAGCCCAACCCAUGUGACAGAACACAGAGGCUCAAAACAUGCUCAAGCUUUAGUGAACUCAACCGUGAAAGAAAACUGGGUGGAUGAUUCCAGCUCAUGGCUAGAAGCUGAAAUGGAGCCAGAUGAAGAUGGUGAAGUGAAUGAGGAGGAGGAGGAGGAGGAGAAGGAGGUGGAAGGUCUCGAGGAAGAUGAGUGCUGGAAUGAGGAUCUGCAGGAAGAGGCAGAGAUCAGUUGCAAGGGGCCUGUAGAUGAGCUGGCCAAACUCAUUCAGGUAGAGGAGAUCUUUCCCUCAGAUGGCUUAGUGUCUAUUUUAAAAAAGAGGGUUUGCAUAAGAGGAGCAAAGAAUCUUAAUCCUGCUCCAGACAAAGACUCAACUAAGCGCAAGGUCCGCUUUAGAGAGCCAAAUGAUACUUUCGAUCAAGAUGAGUCGACUAGAAACUCUUGCCUCAUUCUUCUCCUCUUGUGUCUGGUUACCAUCGUGAUAAGCAUCAGUGGGACUGCUCUUUAUUGCCUCAUUGGAGAGGCGAACUCUAAUGUUUGUGUCGACUUCUCUCAUAACAUGGACUUUUAUUUUGGACCUGUACGAUGAGGAGUGGACGCUCUCACACAGUAGAGCUCUUCUGGUGAAUCAUAGUAGUUAUUUUACUCAACCUUAAGUGGAACUAUUUCUUUAUAUUGUAAUUUCCUUAGACUGUCUAUGGGCAGACAACAGUAUUCAUCUGAGAUUAUUAUGCACUAAUGCACAUUACGAGACUUGCCUUAAUAAAUAUGUAUGCAUUAAGCCUAUACAAAUCACACAGGGCUUCAUAAUGCAUAAACAGGCUAGGAUACUUGAUAUUGGUACUAAAUCAGGCUUAGAUGAGAAGAUGAUCUUAAUAUGCAGGUACCACUGCCAUUCCUCUGAUAAGCAACUACAUACAUUGAAAGAACUGCUUUUGGAGCCAGUUACUCUUAAACAAAUUUUCUUUAUGUUUCAUGUACAUUUAAUA